UGCAAACAAACCUCGAGGCCAUGGUAUUUAUGACCAGCAUUUGUGUGGAGCACCUGGAGAAGACCCGGGGCACUGUCAUCAACAUAUCCAGCAUUAGAAGCACUCGACCGAGUCCUCAAGAGUCGGCUUAUUGUAUGGCGAGAUCGGGGUUUGAUAUGUUCACCAAAUGUAUGGCCACUGAGUUGGGACUCAAAGGCAUACGAGUUAAUAGUGUUAAUGCGUGGUCGAGAUCAGGUCCACUCUCGACGGCAUCGCCUGACCUCAUACUCAUGGAAGUUGAAGAAAGGACAGCUCUGACCCUGGACUACUCGCCCACGUACCUUUGUGCGUGGUCGAGAUCAGGUCCACUCUCGACGGCAUCGCCUGACCUCAUACUCAUGGAAGUUGAAGAAAGGACAGCUCUGACCCUGGACUACUCGCCCACGUACCUUUGGUGCUCCACACAAAUGCUGGUCAUAAAAUGGUACCGGAGCUCCAAACAAACGUAUUGUGAGAACAUAAAUCGGUAUUUAUUACCCAGUAAUUACCCCAACACGAGCCCUAUCUGCCCUGUCAACUGA